AUGGCGGAAGCGGCCCAGCAGCCACAUCUGGUGGAAAUCGACCCGGAUUUCGAGCCCCUGUCGCGGCCCCGCUCGUGCACUUGGCCCCUGCCCCGGCCGGAGUUCAUCAACCCGGGCGACUCCAACACGUCCUCGCCGGUGCCCUCCGUGAAGCAGGAGCCGGGCGGAACCUCCGAGUUCAUCAACAACCUGAGCCUGCUGGAGGAGAACGAGGACUUCUCGGAGGAGAAGCCCGCCAUCCUGUGCGGCGACUUUCAGUGUCAGGAGAACUGCGUGCACCAGCAAGCCCCGCAGCAGCAACAUCAUCCGCAACAUCACCCGCAACUUCCGCAUCAGCAGCAGCAGGUGCCGCUUCUCUCCACGCCGGUCGGCUCGUCGUCUCCCGCGGCCGCUGCAGCCGCCGCUGCCCAGAGGAAGAGCAGCUCGUCCCGGCGGAACGCGUGGGGGAACAUGUCUUAUGCAGACCUCAUAACCAAAGCUAUCGAAAGUUCUCCAGAGAACAGAUUGACUUUGUCUCAGAUUUAUGACUGGAUGGUGAAGAGUGUGCCUUACUUCAAGGACAAAGGAGACAGCAACAGUUCUGCGGGUUGGAAG